AUGAAGUGCAAAAGGGAGAGGAAGGAGCAAAGUUUAAAAACAUUUGAAACAGCAGGUCUCUGUGAUGAUAGCUUAACCAAAUGUUACCAUUUAGGUUCCUCAAAAAAUGACAUUGUACUUCAAAUUGGUUUUACAGGUAAGAAAGGUUAUAAGGUCACAAGGAGGUCACAAGUUAUCGGAUCAACCGACAAAAUAAUCGAUAGUACUGAGAAAAGAAACUGCGUUAAAAUAUCAGCAAAAAUUAAUAACGUUAUUGGAGAAUAUGGUUGUUCAAUAUAUGGAAAAAAAGGAAGGAAAUUACUAACACAAAGUAUUAGGUCCUUGGAGUGGUGCGCGACAACCAAUCAAUUUAAUAGCGUAAAAAAAACAACAACGAAAGAUGUUGCUCCUCCAGCAUUAGUGGUAACUCUUGUUGUUGUUAUUGCUGUAAUCAAUUAUCUGCCACAAGACACUUUAAACAGUGCGUUAAAAGUGUAUAUUGGCUUAUAUGUUCAUGAGUGGGGAUCGAUGUCUCAGGAAUGA